UACCUCCAAACUGGAAAGGCUCUCAGUCAAAAAUACAGAAGGGGCCAGCAUGGCACUGCAAUGCACCAAGUCAGCAGGACACUGGAAGAUGGUGGUAUGGGACGAGGAGGGCUUCGAGGGCCGGCGGCACGAGUUCACAGCCGAGUGCCCCAGUGUGCUGGAGCUUGGCUUUGAGACCGUGAGAUCUUUGAAAGUGCUGAGCGGAGCGUGGGUAGGUUUUGAGCAUGCUGGCUUCCAAGGGCAGCAGCACGUGCUGGAGCGGGGCGAGUACCCAAGCUGGGACGCCUGGGGCGGCAACACAGCCUACCCCUCCGAGAGGCUCACCUCCUUCCGGCCUGUGGCCUGCGCUAACCACCGUGACUCCAGGCUGACCAUCUUCGAGCAGGAGAACUUCCUGGGCAAGAAAGGAGAGCUGAGCGAUGACUAUCCUUCCCUCCAGGCCAUGGGCUGGGAUGGAAAUGAAGUGGGCUCCUUUCAUGUUCACUCUGGGGCCUGGGUUUGCUCCCAGUUUCCUGGCUACCGAGGUUUUCAGUAUGUGCUGGAGUGUGAUCAUCACUCAGGUGACUACAAGCAUUUCCGGGAGUGGGGCUCUCAUGCCCAGACCUUCCAGGUGCAGAGCAUCCGCAGGAUCCAGCAGUGA